UGAUGAUUCAGUCGGAUUCCGGCAGCAGCUGCAGCGGCUCAGGUCUUCAGUAGCUCUUUCUGUCUCCCUUUCGUUUCCGGAAACAUGGUCUCUGGUGUGGCUGUCUCUGAUGGUGUCAUCAAGGUGUUCAAUGAUAUGAAAGUUCACAAAUCUUCAAUACCAGAAGAAGUAAAGAAACACAAGAAGGCAGUGGUUUUUUGCCUGUGUGAGGACAAGAACAUCAUCCUGGAGGAGGGCAACGAGAUCCUAGUAGGAGAUGUGGGGCAGACCGUGGAUGACCCCUACACCAUGUUUGUCAGGAUGCUGCCAGAUAAGGAGUGCCGCUGCGCUCUCUAUGAUGCAGCCUGUGAGACCAAAGAGAACAAGAAGGAGGACCUGGUGUUCAUCUUCUGGGCCCCCGAGAAUGCACCCCUUAAGAGCAAAAUGAUUUAUGCCAGCUCCAAGGAUGUCAUCAAGAAGAAGCUGACAGGAAUCAAGUAUGAAUUACAAACUAACUGAUACGAGGAGGUCAAGGACCACUGCACCCUGGCAGAGAAACUAGGUGGCAGCGCCAUUAUUUCCCUGGAGGGCAAGCCUUUGUGGGCCACCUCCAGCCCCCCUGCCUGGAGCAUCUAGCAGCCCCAGACCUGCUCUUGG